GCGCUCACGCAGGCGGGCUCCUCGGAGAGCCCCGCUGUCCCCGCGUGCGGCGUGGCGACGAUGCUGACCCCCGCGUUCGACCUCAGCCAGGACCCCGACUUCCUGACGGUCGCCAUCCGCGUGCCCUACGCCCGCGUCUCGGAGUUCGACGUGUAUUUCGAGGGCGUGGACUUUAAGUUCUACGCCAAGCCGUACUUUCUCAGAUUAAAUCUUCCUGGAAGAGUUGUAGAAAAUGGAAGUGAGCAGGGAUCCUAUGAUGCAGAUAAAGGAAUUUUUACCAUUCGAUUGCCCAAAGAAACUCCUGGCCAACAUUUUGAGGGGCUGAACAUGUUAACUGCUCUUCUUGCACCAAGAAAACCCAGGACAGCCAAACCACUUGUAGAAGAAAUAGGUGCUUCUGAGGUUUCUGAGGAAGUAGUUGAAGAUGACGAUGAUGAGUUCAGUUGGGACAUUGAACAGACCCCCUAUGAGGAGGUGCCAGGCAGUGCUUUGAACCCGCAGUGCUACUAUGGAUUUGGAAACCUGCGAUCGGGAGUGCUUCAGCGGUUGCAGGAUGAAUUGAGUGAAAUUAUUGAUGUUAAGGAUCCAGAUUUCACGCCUGCUGCUGAGAGAAGGCAGAAACGCCUGGCUGCAGAGCUGGCAAAAUUCGAUCCAGAUCAUUAUCUAGCUGACUUCUUUGAAGAUGAGCCAAUUGAACAAGUUUUGAAGUAUAAUCCUUGGUGGAAUGAUAUGUACUCAAAAAUGAAGGCCUCUUUGGGAAAGAGUAAGAAGCCAGAAGAUCAUGCUGCAUUAGUGACUUUUUCAGAAGAGGAGAAAUACCAGCUACGUAAAUUUGCCAAUAAAUCUUACCUGCUGGACAAGACUGCCCAGCAUCAGGUGUACUAUGGUUUAAUUGAUAUCCUUCUGGCAUAUUGUUAUGAAACACGUGUCACCGAAGGAGAGCGGAAUGUCGAGUCUGCAUGGAAUGUCAGAAAGCUAAGUCCGACACUAUGCUGGUUUGAGACUUGGACGAAUGUUCAUGAGAUCCUGGUAUCUUUUGCAAGAAGAGUGCUGUGCUACCCACUUUACCGCCACUUCAAGCUUGUGAUGAAAGCCUGCACAGACACCGCAAAGAUACUGCAACUAGGCAAGAGUGCAGUUUUAAAGUGUCUCUUGGAUAUUCACAAGAUUUUUCAAGAAAACGACCCAGCUUACAUUUUGAACGAUCUUUACAUCUCAGACUAUUGCGUAUGGAUCCAGAAAACCAAGUCCAAAAGGUUGAGCACUCUUGCGGAAGCCUUGAAAGAAGUCUCCCUCACGAAGGCCCAGCUGGGGUUAGAGCUGGAGGAGCUGGAGGCAGCAGCGCUUCUCGUCCAGGAGGAAGAAACUUCCGGAAAGGCGGGCAGAUCAAGUCCCGGCCCCUGCGAGAGCAGCGAAGACUCCACGGAGGAAUCGGAGACAGAAGACUCGUCGGAGGCGGAAGAAUCAGACAGCUCCACAUGCUCAGAUGGCAAGGACGGGGCUUUAGCGGGAGACGGGCCACACCCGGGCCUGAUGGAGCCUAUCAUUUCCUUGCAAGGCUCCUCCCUGGAGCGGGGCCUGAGUGCCCUGCUUCUCAGUGAUGGUGAGGCCCCCGAAAACACAGACCCACAGGAGGCAGUCAUCAGCCAGGGCCUCCCACUAGCCAGCUCUGGGGCCCCCGGGGGGCACAGACCCCUGAUUCAGGAGCUUGGGGAUCAGCUGAGCACCACCCUUCAGAUUUCCACAGCCCAGGACAGUACAGCAGAGUGUGGGACAGAGGUGGGGACAGGUGACCAGUGAGGGACCCGUGUGGGCUUGUCACCGUGGGCAGAUGUGGUUCACAUGUAUCCAAUGUUGGUUUUCAAUGAGCUACUCUUACUUUACUCAUACCUUGGGUUUCUUGUUGUAUCUUGAAAAAUAAAGUUCUAGAGAACUUUAUUCUGGAGUGCUAAGCAGAGCUCCGUGCUAGCUUUUAGCUCUUCAGAGAUGUAUUGAACAUAUGAGAAAGUAGUCAUAUUUGAGGUGUGAGGAGUGUUUAUAUAUGAGUAUACCAGGUAAAGCAUCAUCAUAACCUAGGUCAUGACCUUGCCUGUCAUAUGGGGGGGUGGCUUUGUUAUCUGCCCCUCCCUUCUGGCAAAUGCCAUCCACUUUCACACGUGGGGUUGCUGCUGAUCUUCUUUGUGUUCAGUACAAUGGCUUACAGUUCCCAGACCGUGUAUAAAUCAAAUCUUACAAUAUGUGUUAUUGUUUUGGGUCAAUAUUUCACUCCAAGUAGUUAUUUUGAGAUUGAUCCUGGUGGUAACAGCCUUCUGUGUGUGUGUGUGUGUGUGUGUGUGUGUGUGUUGUUUUCACUGCUCUGUACUAUUUCGUUGAACACACCUACUGUAAUCACCUACUAGUGGGCAUCUGAGUUGUUUCCAGUUUUGCACUGUUGCAAAUAAAGCUGCUUUGAGCAUUUGCGUACA